CGGCCAUGCAGGAGCCCCUGCUGGGGGCCGAGGGCCCGGACUACGACACCUUCUCCGAGAGGCCGCCCGCGUCGCCGUCGCCCCGGGAGAGGGCGCGGGUGGGGGUCCUACAGAACAAGAGGGUGUUCCUGGCCACCUUUGCCGCCGUGCUGGGCAAUUUCAGCUUCGGGUAUGCCAUGGUCUACACGUCCCCGGUCAUCCCUGCCCUGGAGCACUCGCUGGACCCAGCCCUGAGCCUGACCAAAGCCCAGGCGUCCUGGUUCGGGUCGGUGUUCACCCUGGGCGCCGCGGCGGGGGGCCUGAGCGCCAUGGUCCUCAACGACCUCCUGGGCCGCAAGCUCAGCAUCAUGUUCUCGGCGGUGCCAUCGGCGGUCGGCUACGCGCUCAUGGCCGGCGCCCGCAGCCUCUGGAUGUUGCUGCUGGGGAGGACGCUGACGGGCUUCGCGGGGGGCCUCACCGCCGCCUGCAUCCCGGUGUACGUGUCUGAGAUUGCGCCCCCGGGCGUGCGCGGCGCCCUGGGGGCCACGCCCCAGCUCAUGGCUGUGUUCGGGUCGCUGUCCCUCUACGCCCUCGGUGAGUGGCGUCCAGGCAGCCCAGAGGCCCCCCCGCCCGGCCCCCACUGCGUGCACCCCCAGGCACGGGCCUCGUGUCCCCAGAGCAGCGGCAUGUCGCGGGCCGAGGCCCGGGACCCCCGCGUGUACCGGCCCGUCGCCAUCGCCGUGCUGAUGCGCCUGCUGCAGCAGCUGACGGGCGUCACGCCCAUCCUGGUGUACCUGCAGCCCAUCUUCGACAGCACGGCCGUCCUGCUGCCCCCCCAGGAUGACGCAGCCAUCGUGGGGGCCGUGAGGCUGCUGUCCGUGCUCAUCGCUGCCCUCGCCAUGGACAUGGCUGGCCGCAAGGUCCUGCUCUUCAUCUCAGCAACCAUCAUGUUCGCCGCCAACCUGGCCCUGGGGCUGUACGUCCACUUCGGGCCGCGGCCUCUGGCCCCAAACAGCACCGCAGGCCUCGAGGGCGAGUCCUUAGGGGGCACAGCACAGCCCCUGGCCGCGCCUGGUAGCUACCUCACGCUGGUGCCGCUGCUGGCCACCAUGCUGUUCAUCAUGGGCUAUGCCAUGGGCUGGGGCCCCAUCACCUGGCUGCUCAUGUCCGAGAUCCUGCCCCUGCGGGCGCGCGGCAUGGCCUCGGGGCUCUGCGUGCUGGUCAGCUGGCUCACCGCCUUCGCCCUCACCAAGUCCUUCCUGCUGGUGGUGAACGCCUUCGGCCUGCAGACACCCUUCUUCUUCUUCGCCGUCAUCUGCUUGGUGAACCUGGUGUUCACCAGCUGCUGCGUGCCCGAGACCAGGGGCCGGUCGCUGGAGCAGAUCGAGUCCUUCUUCCGCACGGGGCAGACGUCCUUCCUGCACUAG